GUGGUGAUCCGGCGGCGGCCGUUGUUCUACACCGUGAACCUGCUUCUGCCCAGUAUCUUCUUGAUGGUGAUGGACAUUGUGGGUUUCUAUCUGCCACCAGACAGUGGAGAGAGGGUUUCCUUCAAGAUCACUUUGCUGCUGGGCUACUCUGUCUUCCUCAUCAUUGUAUCUGACACUCUGCCUGCCACCGCCAUAGGAACCCCACUGAUAGGUGUGUACUUCGUGGUUUGCAUGGCGCUCCUGGUGAUCAGCCUGACAGAAACUGUGCUGAUUGUACGUCUGGUCCACAAGCAGGACCUGCAGCCCCCUGUGCCCCACUGGGUGAAGUAUUUGGUGCUGGAAAGAGCGCCGGUCCUCUUCUGCAUCCACAAGAAGCAUCGCCUCUGCUCUGCACUGUCCUCCCAGGGCGCUGACCUGGAGCACUACAAGGACAGCAACUAUGGGACCGCUCAGUGCACACUCCACCACACCUGUGACAUAGGCCAAAGGCUGAGCCACCGCGAUAGAGAGAGUGGACUCCUCGGAUUGGGCUUGCCCCCCUCCAGAGACCCAACCCCGCCAGUCAUGGACAACAUCCUGCAGGAAGUGACAGCAAUACGUCACUUCCUGGAGAAGAGGGACAGGUGCCGGGAAGUUGCUAAAGAGUGGCUGCAGGUGGGCUACGUGUUGGACGUGCUGCUCUUCAGAGUUUACUUAGUGGCCGUGGUGGCGUACAGCAUCACUCUGGGCACGCUGUGGUCAGUGUGGCAGGUCGCCUGA